CAGCAACGCGAAGCUUGUUCAUCGAUGCAGCGGGCACCACACACUCUUUCAAUUCUGCAUCUGAGAGGAGGAGAGGAACAUGCACUUCCUGUGCAAUGUGUGCUCAAUUGAGUUCACUCCACUUCUUUCGUAGCGUGGAAAUAGUUUUUUCCGGUUCUGCGUAGAGGGGGAAGUGGUACUGGUGUAUGGUUUGGAAAAACGAAGAGCUACUUUGCAACCGCCAUAAAUGUGGAUUGUUUACAUCAGUCGGAAGAGCCGUUCCUCCUUCCCCGCCUCCCUCCGAGCUCAGCCCAGUUAUCAGCGGCUCCCUCCAGCUUCCCAUCGCCGUAGAUAGCGUUAGUGGAGCGGGCUAUGGCCCUACUGCUCUCCCGGCCUUUAUGAGCUGCCCAUAGAGAGGCGUGUGACACAAGUUGCCUGAUCUACACGCCUGAAACACCGUAAGAGUAUCAUACAGGAAAUCAGGCAUCGAAUCGCAGCCUUGCACACUACAUGGUCUUGUGAUCUUGAAGAGUGGAUGUGCAGUCCAAGCUGACCGAGACAUGGCUGUCCUCAAACUCGCCGACCAGCCUCCGCUCAUCCAGGCUAUCUUCAAUGGAGAUCCCGAGGAGAUCCGAACCCUCAUCUACAAGUCUGAAGACAUCAAUGCUCUGGAUGCCGAGAAGCGUACGCCGCUGCACGCCGCAGCCUUCCUUGGCGAUGCCGAGAUCACAGAGCUCCUCAUCCUCUCUGGGGCCCGGGUCAACGCCAAAGACAACAUGUGGCUCACUCCCCUCCACCGCGCUGUGGCCUCUCGUAGUGAGGAGGCGGUGCGCGUGCUCAUCCGCCACUCUGCGGACGUGAACGCGCGCGACAAGAACUGGCAGACGCCGCUGCACGUGGCGGCGGCCAACAACGCGCUGCGCUGCGCCGAGGUCAUCGUGCCCCUGCUGAGCAGCGUCAACGUGUCGGACCGCGGCGGGCGCACGGCGCUGCACCACGCCGCCCUCAACGGCCACACCGAGAUGGUGAACCUGCUCAUCGCCAAAGGAGCCAACAUUAAUGCCUUCGAUAAGAAGGACGGUCGGGCACUGCACUGGGCCGCUUUCAUGGGCCACCUUGACGUGGUGUGUCUGCUGGUGAGUCAGGGGGCAGAGGUGGGCUGCAAGGACAAGCGGGGCUACACCCCUCUGCACACAGCUGCCUCCAGCGGCCAGAUCGCUGUGGUCCGACACCUGCUCAACCUCGCCGUAGAGAUAGACGAGUCCAACGCAUUCGGGAACACGGCGCUGCACGUGGCGUGCUUCAACGGACAGGACGCCGUCGUCAGCGAGCUCAUCGACUACGGCGCCAACGUGGGCCAGUCCAACAACAAGGGCUUCACGCCGCUGCACUUCGCUGCCGCCUCCACGCACGGCGCCCUCUGCCUGGAGUUCCUGGUCAACAACGGGGCCGACGUCAAUGUCCAGAGUCGGGAUGGGAAGAGCCCUCUGCACAUGACGGCCGUGCACGGGCGUUUCACACGCUCCCAGACCCUCAUCCAGAAUGGCGGGGAAAUCGACUGCGUGGACAAGGACGGCAACACCCCUCUGCACAUCGCCGCCCGCUACGGUCAUGAGCUGCUCAUCAACACGCUGAUUACCAGUGGAGCCGACUGCACGCGGCGGGGGGUCCAUGGAAUGUUCCCCCUCCACAUGGCGGCCCUGAACGCCCACUCGGACUGCUGUCGGAAGCUGCUGUCCUCAGGCUUCGAGAUAGACACCCCCGACAGCCUCGGGAGGACCUGCCUGCACGCCGCCGCCGCGGGAGGCAAUGUGGAGUGUGUGAAGCUGGUGCUGAGCAGCGGGGGGGACCACAACCGCAGGGACAAGUGUGGCAGAACAUCCCUCCACUACGCGGCAGCCAGCCGGCACUACCAAUGCCUGGAGACCCUGGUGGCGUGCGGGAUCUGCAUCAACGCCACCGACCAAUGGGGGCGCUCGGCCUUGCACUACGCCGCGGCGUCCGACCUGGACAGGAGACGACGGCAGAACCUGGAGCCGGAGAGCGAUGGCGUCCAGGCGGAGAGGGAGAAGGAGGCGGCGCAAUGUUUAGAGUUCCUGUUGCAGAGUGGAGCGACAGCCAGCCUCAAAGACAAGCAGGGCUACAGCGCUGUGCACUAUGCCGCUGCAUACGGACACAGACACUGUCUGGAGCUGUUGCUGGAUAGGGGCGAGAGCCACCAAGAAGAGCCAGAUUCCCCCAGUGCCAGGAGCCCUCUGCACCUUGCUGCCUACCACGGCCAUGCCCAGGCGCUGGAGGUCCUGCUGCAGGGGGCGCGGGAGGUGGACCAGGGCGACGAGGCCGGCCGGACGCCCCUGGCGCUGGCCUCGCUCCGGGGACACACGGACUGCGUCCACACGCUGCUCAGCCAGGGGGCGUCGCCGCACGCCGUGGACACCCAGUACGGCCGUUCGGCCGUCCACCUGGCCGUGAUGAAUGGUCACACCACGUGCGUGCGCCUCCUGCUGGACGACCCCGACAG